AUGGCCUCGAAAACUUUGGCCACGCCCCUUCUUUGUGGCAUUCUCUGUGCAUUCGCGUUCUUCUGUGUCUUUCAGGGCAUCCCUGCUGCUCAGGGCCUUCCCGCCUAUCCGGAAGAUGAACUCCAGCUACUGCAUAAUGUGACGACCAUUUCCCUUCCUCCCCGGGAAGAUCUCCACGCGGAACAUACAGUUCAUUACCUGUCGAAGCGUGAUGAGCAUAGCGGACCUCCCCAAAGCGUGGCCCAGGGCGCCGCCAAAGCGGAGGCGAAAUUGUUAUGCUAUCUGAACGCCGAUACUGCGGACCGUUCAACAUUUUCUGAGGAUGAUCCUUUGGACAAGUGGUAUUCGCAAGGGAAGUACGAUAAUGAAGAAGGGACUUCGAUAACCGGUGCAUGGAUCCCGGCAGUAAUGAGUUCUCUGAAGCUCCCAACAAAGCUGGGAGAUAAGGGCCUGACAGAAUUCAAAUGGAUACAAGAUAAGCCCUUUGAAUGGAAUGUUGGCGAUAGCACAGUAUCAUAUCCAGGGACAGAAGGGUAUUAUGAGGGCUGUAUGAGUAUCCCAAAAGGCUUUAUAUCAGCAGAAGACAACGCGAGCCCGCAACAAGACAAACAUGACCCCGUCCCAGAGCUAUUCAGACUAUCAGACGUCUAUUUCCUUGAAUGGCAGAGGCAGGCUGCCAACAGCAGAAAGAUUAGGGGUCUUAAGUAUUUUCUUCGAUUCCACAUCAUCAACAAGGAUACCAGGAGGAUCAUCAAGGAAGCCACGGGGCACAAUGUCAAGACAUGGCCAGGAGAUAUGUUUGGCAUUGAGACCGAUGAAGCCAAGGCACUUCUGGCGACUCCCAAUGGGAUAGGAGUGGCAUACUUCCUUAUCAAUCACAAGCCAGAGUUGGGAGUUAAGACAGUAGAGAAAGUCCAGGUCUGGCGAAAUGACGAUGAUCCGAAGUGGUUCAAUAUGCUGUUCUACAUCAGCCAGCCUAGGAAAUAG